GGCUCACUCAAAAUCAACUUGACCCCUCCACCACCGUCCUCCCCUUAUGUCUUCCUCCCUUCCUCACUCACUCACACUCAACUCCAAAGCAGUGGCCACCACUCUUGUCACCAUCAAAUCCAAUCUAGACAACAAAACGCAUUACAGAUACAUACGUCCUGUCGAGUAACCCAAAGAUAGUGGGAGAAUCAUUUAUUCAUUUGAUCUGGGUUAGGUUCGAACUAAUCGUGGGUCUGUUUGCACGAUGGAUAUUCCCGUGCCACCUGCGGAGCCAGAGACAUCAGUUCCCCUCCCUUUCUAUCUAGAUGAAUCUCUUCUUCCGGCUCCUCUUCCCAGCAUCGAGGAGAUCGCUGCUUCGCCACAUGUUCUACAUGAGUACCCCAGUCGCCGCAUUGUGCGUGUCGGCACACACUUCGUCGUCAAGUACGGAGGAUCAGUGAGCUUCCUUGAAGGCGAGAAUAUGCUUUUCGUGAAGAAAUCCACCACCAUCCCUCUCCCCACUGUGUACGCCAUGUAUUCUCGCCAGGGGACGCAGAUACCGAUCAAUUACAUCGUCAUGGAGUUUAUCCCGGGGAUAUGCUUGCGGGACAAAUGGGCGUCUCUGGACGAGUCUUCUAAAUCGGCCGUGACAGGCCAGCUCCGAGAGAUCUUCUCUGAACUACGACAGAUACCAUCACCAGGCUAUUUUGGUGUUAUUGGACGCCGACCUUUUGAUGAUUCCAUCUUCUGUUCGAACGUUGAAGGUCGACAUCCAGUGCCUGCAGGACCAUUCACGACGGAGGAUGAGGUUCUGGGUGCAUUAACCAACAAGUUUUCACAUCACUUCCCGGAACAUGGGAAAGAGGCUUUCUACAGGCGGGUAUUCCCUCUGGUUCUUCGCGGCCACCCACCGGUAUUCACUCAUGGAGACCUCCAGCGGAAGAACGUCGUCGUGCGGGACGACGGUAAAGUGGUGCUUAUCGACUGGGAGGCAGCAGCAUGGUAUCCGAGCUUCUGGGAAUACUCGAUGGGAAUGUUUUCGUGCGAUUUCAAGGAUGACUGGCAGUUAUGGCUGGGCAAGGUUGUUGAUGAGUGUCUGGGCGAAUUUCCAUGGAUGAACAUGAUCUGGCGGGAGGUUUUCGGCUGAUAGAUGAAGAUGAGGUAAACUCCGUUCAUCCUCAAUACCGCAUGACGCAUGCAGAAAUUGCCUGUGACAGAGGAAUAGGGUCUAAAAAAAGAAGAGCUUACUCCGUACACGAGAGCUGCCAAGGCCGUCUCUACUCCGUAGCCCUAGCAGCGUCAUCUUGUCUAGUCUAUCUAUCUAGUCUACCCCACCCCCCAGGGAGACUUUGGUGUAUCCUAACCCCUAGGGAGACAGGGUGAGUGACUGUGCCGAAUGCCUGCCUACCCAUUACAGCUGC